AUGACCGUCAACUCGUCGGGCUUGGAGCUGUACCAUCUGACUCUUCAACGGCAGUCCAACUAUGUGCAUUCGUGCGUUGGUCAUUUCGUCGACCCUCUGAAUAGUGCUCCAGCUAAACGCAAGAGUAGGAAAGAUUACCAGGUUUGCAUCGCUACAGAAACACAUGUGGAGCUUUUCAACGUCGAGGAGGGUGAAUUCCAGCGCCUGACGUCCGUUCCCAUCUUUGCUACGAUCACAGCAAUGCAGAGCUUGCCCGUGGAAACGAACUAUUCGUACUUGGUGUUGGUCACCGAUGCUGGAAACUUGUCUCUACUGCAGUUCGUCAACGACAUGGGCACCAUCCGAUUGCACUCGUUGUUCAACGAGCCUUUUUCCCGGAGCGGACUGCGAAGAGUUGCUCCACAGCGGUAUCUACAGGUCGAUCCACAGGGCCGGUGUCUUUUUCUUUCAGCAACAGAGCGUAAUAGACUCUGUUACCAAACAGAUUUCAAGAACAAUACGCUGAAUGUCUCUUCUCCCUUGGAGUUCAGGAAGCCUAACUGCAUAACCAUUGCCACGGCCGUUUGUGACGUGGCUUUCGAUAAUCCCGUCUAUGCGUGUUUGGAGAUAGACUGCGCCGACCAAUCUAGACACUUGGCCUUCUACAUGCUCGACGUGGGCUUGAAUCAUAUUAUACAGCAACAACAGUAUGCUGUUCCUCAGGAUACAAACUUCAUCUUUACGGUGCCUAACUUGGAAAAAUACGGCAUCAAUACAAGGCCCUCUUCUCACAAAAAUGACUUUGACGACAUGAUCAAUCCCUUCGUUAUCAUGGCCACCACAGACAGGUUACUUCUACAGGAUGCACGCGGCCUUUUCAAGCUACAAGUGAUGCUGCCAGUCCGAUCAACAUCCGUUACGAUAAUCAGUGCGGCGGUCCACAAAUUGAAAAAGGAGUUUUUCAUGCUUUUGCAAGCUCACAACGGAGAUCUCUACAAGGUCAAGAUUGUUCCCAACGAGGCUGAAAGUCUCGUACCUCUGCUGAGCGUUUCGUUCUUUGAUAAUAUUGAGCCGAGUUCAAAACUCCACAUCUUUAGAAACGGGUUACUCAUGGCCCUCCAGGAGUACUCCGGUUAUAAGCUGUACGAGUUUGAGAGUCUUGGGGAUGAUGCAAAUGUGGCAACGUCAAAUGAACAUAGUAAAGUGCUUGAGUUGCCUCCUUCCCCAUCGAAUCUCGAAAAUCUAUCAAUAAUCCAAUAUUCGAAGAACCUCAACCCGAUCGUUUCAGUGAGUGUUUCAGAAACAACACCCCUCACUAUUUUGGCUCAGUCUAAAAACGGCCUACAACAAUUGACCUCAGGCAUCGAUUUUGAGGAGCUUAUUACUUCCCCACUGCCACCGAAUGCAGCUGGCAUUUGGUCAAUUAGGUUUGCUUUAGAUUCAUUGCAUCGGCUUGUGUUCUUAAAACUUCCUAAGGCUACGAUGAUUCUUCAAAUUGAUGAGGGAACCUUAGAAGAGCUUGCGGAGAGUAACAAUCACUUCAAGACAGAUGGCGAUACAACUAUAUUUGUAGGCUUGAUGGGGAAAAGAUCUAUUGUUCAGGUUUGUGAAAAUUGCAUGCUCCAAGUUGAUUAUGAUCUAAAUACGGGACUUAUGAAUUUGAAGAACGAAUGGCUGCCACCAGCGGGAAUCCGAGUCCUUCAUGCUUCCUGCUCUCUUUCGCAGUUAGCAUUGGCACUAUCAAACAACGAGAUAGUUUAUUUUGAGAUUGAUACAUCCAGUGGGCUGGAAACAUUGAAUGAAGCUCAGAGUAGGAUAGAGCUUCCUGAACGAAUAACGGCCCUGAGCCUCCCGCAAUGUCUCAGAAGCGAUUUUCUGGCAGUAGGCUGUGCCGAUUCAUCCGUUAAGGUCAUACAACUCAGAGGGAGUGAUGAAGAUAAUUUCCUCGAAGUAGUAUCCAUACAAGUGUUAUUGUCAUCACCAUACAGUCUGAAUCUGGCCAGCUCAAACAACGCUUUACUAUUGCAUAUUGGACUGGAUUCUGGUGUUUAUAUUCGAUCAAGCGUUGAUAAAGUCAAUGGGCAGUUAUUCGAUACCAGAACAAAAUAUAUUGGUCCCAAGCCCGUCAAAAUCUCCGCUCUAUCGCAGAUCGACUACAAGUCCAUGUCGCUAGAAGAGGAUGACGAUGAUGAGGCAAGUGAACGUAUUGAUCAGAUUUCAUGUGCAGUCUUACACUGCGAAAAAACAUGGCUGAGCUAUGAAAUUGGGGAUCUAUUAUGCGUAAAACCAAUUGUCCUCCCAAGAAACAUUUCUUUAGAGGCAAUUGCGGACUUCAAAACCAGUGACUUGAAAUCAAACGGCUGUUGUGCUAUCUCAUCCCGUGGCUCUUUGAUGAUUGGGCGCUUUGGCCACUUCACAGAAUUGGAAAAGUGGUUCCAUCAAGAGGAGAUAAAUACAGACGAGGAUUCCACGGAAAUAGGAAGCAAUUUUAACAGUCGAUUUAUACUUCCUGACUCGUCGGACGGAAAGGUAGCCUUCGUCGUCGAAAACCAUUCAGUCGCAAAAAAAUGUCGAAUUUCCAUUUGUCGAUCGGGCUCACUCCUUGAAAUAAAUUCAGAUGCUGCCAAAUACCUUCUCAUUGAUGGAACAUGUCUGUCCGCACAAAUCAGCCGCUUUGGUACGAACGAUUGCUACCUGGUUCUGGCUUCGAAUACCAUGAAGCUACAAACGUUUUCUGUCAGCUUCAAAAAUGAAAACGGUAAGCGAAUUGCCGAUAUAAAGCUCCUGCAUGAAACUUCUGUUGGCGAAAAAGUACAUGCAAUGGCAGCAUUUAGAGACAAACUGCUGGUGCCGAUCGCGAAUAAUUUGGUGCUUUAUGCAAUGGGGCGAAAACAACUACUUAAAAAAUCUAUUUCAACUACUCCACCCUCGAUCACAAAAAUCGUUCACAUUUGCCAGUGGGAGGACCGCAGAAUCGCAAUUGGUGACAUACACGAAUCAGUGACACUUUUGUUAUUCGAUAAGCGGUUAAACCAGUUUAUCUCGGUAGCCGACGACGUGGUGAAACGGCACGUUACUGCAGUUGAGUUUUUAGAUAAAUCUACCGUCAUUGGCGGUGAUCGCUUCGGUAACAUUUGGGCGCUGCGUGUGCCUCAGAGCAUUGAGAAAAUGUUGGAUGAGGAAUACAUAUUUUUCUUGAGCAAGUUUCUGGGCCAUUCUCAAAGUGACAUCCCACGGAAUAUUAUGGAGUGUCCUUGCAAAUGGGAACUGGUAAGUCAUUUCUAUGCUAACGAUAUCCCUACUUCAUUUCGCGUUUUGAAAAAUCUAAACAUGUCGGAUAGGGCCUGUGUCAUUUAUACUGGAUUGCAAGGCACAAUAGCCUGCCUGGUUCCAUUAAUCACUAAAGGUGAGGUGGAGUUUAUGCACAAGUUAGAAGAUGGAAUUAGAGAUUCGGAUGAGACGUUCUUCAUGGAAGCUGAAGCUAAUCGUGCUGCAGACGCCAGAGAUGAGUUUGGGCCUGAGCGACCACCCAACUCUCAAAGUAAACUAAGCCCUAGGCCACUAGUGGAGGGUGCCUUCAGUUUGGUGGGCAGAGACCACGUUGCCUAUAGAAGUUACUAUGUGCCUGUGAAAGGCGUGGUCGACGGUGACAUGUGUGAGCAGUUCUUGCACCUCUAUCCUAGCGAACAAGAGUUUUUGGUCAAGAAACUCAAAUUGAAAAACGUAUCGCAGAUUAAAAGUCGGCUGGCAGAAGUGCGGACGAACCAUGUAUAG